GCUUGGUCUUCGGAAUCGAGGAGGCGCGCGCGUCCCCGGGAUUACCUUCUUCGGGUGUUUCCGGAAUUCACCAGUAGUCCGUGGCCGGGAGGAGAAGGCGCGCCCCCCUCCCGUUUCUAGCCGCUUCGGAUGUUUCCGGCUGCUGCCGGCGGAAAGAGCCGAGGGCCGGCGGUGGUGGCGGCCAUGUUGGGAGUAGCAGGUCCGGCGGCGGCUGCCUGUGUGCCGGGCGCGGAGCAGUGCCGCUGAGGGCAGGGGAGGAGCGAGGCAGGCGGCCGGCUGCGGCGGCAGAGAGUAGGCGGAGCGGCGCGGCCCGGCCGAAAGGCGGCACAGCCCAGCCGGGGGUCGGGGGGGUGCGGUCUGGAGCCGCUCGGAGCCGGCGCGGCCUAGCCCGAGCGGCGCAUCCCCGGGCUGGCGUGAGCGGCAGUCCGGCCUCCCCGCACCCCCGGCCGGGGCCCAUGCGGCGGGUGCCCCUGCUGUGAGAAGCCCCGCCCGGCCGGGCUCCGCGCCUUCCCUUCCCUCCCUUCCUCCGAGCUUCUCGGUUCCCUCCCCUGAGAUACCGGCGCCAUGUCCAGCGCCCGGACCCCCCUACCCACGCUGAACGAGAGGGACACCGAGCAGCCCACCUUGGGACACCUUGACUCCAAGCCCAGCAGUAAGUCCAACAUGCUGCGGGGCCGCAACUCAGCCACUUCUGCUGACGAGCAGCCCCAUAUUGGCAACUAUCGACUCCUCAAGACCAUCGGCAAGGGUAACUUCGCCAAGGUGAAGCUGGCUCGGCACAUCCUUACUGGGAAAGAGGUAGCUGUGAAGAUCAUUGACAAGACUCAACUGAACUCCUCCAGCCUCCAGAAGCUGUUCCGUGAAGUAAGAAUAAUGAAGGUUUUGAAUCAUCCCAACAUAGUUAAGUUAUUUGAAGUGAUCGAGACUGAGAAAACUCUCUACCUUGUCAUGGAGUACGCUAGUGGAGGAGAGGUGUUUGAUUACCUAGUGGCUCAUGGCAGGAUGAAAGAAAAAGAGGCUCGAGCCAAAUUCCGCCAGAUAGUGUCUGCUGUGCAGUACUGUCACCAGAAGUUUAUUGUUCACAGAGACUUAAAGGCAGAAAACCUGCUCUUGGAUGCUGAUAUGAACAUCAAGAUUGCAGACUUUGGCUUCAGCAACGAAUUCACCUUUGGGAACAAGCUGGAUACCUUCUGUGGCAGUCCCCCUUAUGCUGCCCCAGAGCUCUUCCAGGGCAAAAAAUACGACGGACCCGAGGUGGAUGUGUGGAGCCUGGGAGUUAUUCUAUAUACACUGGUCAGCGGAUCCCUGCCUUUUGAUGGACAGAACCUCAAGGAGCUGCGGGAGCGGGUACUGAGGGGGAAAUACCGUAUUCCGUUCUACAUGUCCACAGACUGUGAAAACCUGCUUAAGAAAUUUCUCAUUCUCAAUCCCAGCAAGAGAGGCACUUUAGAGCAAAUCAUGAAAGAUCGAUGGAUGAAUGUGGGUCACGAAGAUGAUGAAUUAAAGCCUUAUGUGGAGCCGCUCCCUGACUACAAGGACCCCCGGCGGACAGAGUUGAUGGUGUCCAUGGGUUACACACGGGAAGAGAUCCAGGACUCGCUGGUGGGCCAGAGGUACAACGAGGUGAUGGCCACCUAUCUGCUCCUGGGCUACAAGAGCUCCGAGCUGGAGGGAGACACCAUCACCUUGAAGCCCCGGCCUUCAGCUGAUCUGACCAAUAGCAGUGCCCCUUCCCCCUCCCACAAGGUACAGCGCAGCGUCUCAGCCAACCCCAAGCAGCGGCGCUUUAGCGACCAGGCAGCUGGUCCUGCCAUUCCCACUUCUAAUUCCUACUCUAAGAAGACUCAGAGUAACAACGCAGAAAACAAGCGGCCUGAGGAGGACCGGGAGCCAGGGCGGAAGGCCAGCAGCACAGCCAAAGUGCCUGCCAGCCCCCUGCCCGGGCUGGAGAGGAAGAAGACCACCCCCACCCCCUCCACGAACAGCGUCCUCUCCACCAGCACAAAUCGAAGCAGGAAUUCCCCACUUUUGGAGAGGACCAGCCUCGGCCAGGCCUCCAUCCAGAACGGCAAAGACAGCCUAACCAUGCCAGGGUCCCGGGCCUCCACGGCUUCUGCUUCCGCCGCGGUCUCUGCGGCCCGGCCCCGCCAGCACCAGAAAUCCAUGUCGGCCUCCGUGCACCCCAACAAGGCCACUGGGCUGCCCCCCACGGACAGUAACUGUGAGGUGCCGCGGCCCAGCACAGCCCCCCAGCGCGUCCCUGUCGCCUCCCCCUCCGCCCACAACAUCAGCAGCAGUGGUGGAGCCCCAGACCGAACUAAUUUUCCCCGGGGUGUGUCCAGUCGAAGCACCUUCCACGCUGGGCAGCUCCGGCAGGUGCGGGACCAGCAGAAUUUGCCCUACGGUGUGACCCCAGCCUCUCCCUCUGGCAACAGCCAGGGCCGGCGGGGGGCCUCGGGGAGCAUCUUCAGCAAAUUCACUUCCAAGUUUGUACGCAGAAAUCUGUCUUUCAGGUUUGCCAGAAGGAACCUGAAUGAACCUGAAAGCAAAGACCGAGUUGAGACGCUCAGACCUCACGUGGUGGGCAGCGGCGGCAGUGACAAGGAAAAGGAGGAGUUUCGGGAGGCCAAGCCCCGCUCACUACGCUUCACGUGGAGCAUGAAGACCACGAGCUCCAUGGAGCCCAACGAGAUGAUGCGGGAGAUCCGCAAGGUGCUGGACGCAAACAGCUGCCAGAGCGAGCUGCACGAGAAGUACAUGCUGUUGUGCAUGCACGGCACGCCAGGCCACGAGAACUUCGUGCAGUGGGAGAUGGAGGUGUGCAAACUGCCGCGGCUGUCUCUCAACGGUGUUCGAUUUAAGCGGAUAUCGGGCACCUCCAUGGCCUUCAAAAACAUUGCCUCCAAAAUAGCCAACGAGCUUAAGCUUUAACAGGCUGCCAGGAGUGGGGGGCAACGGAGGCGGCCAGCUGGACUUAGCUGCUGGGGCCGGCGCUCCGCCUGCCCGGGCGAGACUGCAGAGACGGGUUGGUGUGUCUCCCCUGCUGGCACUUCUCCCCUCCCGCCCUUCUCAGUUUUUUCUUCCAUGUUUGUGGGGGUUGGGAGAUGGUUCUCUCCCCCCCCCACAUUUACCCCUGCCCAGAUAUUCCCCCUUCCCCCCUCUCUCCCGCAGGAGGCAAAGGAAGGGGAGGGAGGGGUGGGGGGCAGGGCUCCCCCUCGGUACUGCGGUUGCACAGAGUAUUUCGCCUAAACCAAGAAAUUUUUUAUUACCAAAAAGAAAAAAGAAAAAAAAAAAAAUCCCAGCGGCCACCUUUCCUCCCUGCCCCAUUGGGACAGUCGAGACUGGAUCUGUGGGGUUUCCCGGGAGGGUGGCUCAGGGCUGGAACACUCUCAGGCAAGAGUGGUGGAGUUCCCUGUCAGGCCCUCCGCCAGGCCCACUUUGGGCUUCUCCCCUCUCCUCUCCUCCUUCCCCUCCAAGCAAACCACCAGAGGUGGCCUUCCCCUGACCUCAGGCCCCUGGGCUGGAGGCCUGGGUGCCUGGGGGCUGGGGGCAGGGGUGCCGCACAGCCCUGAAGCGGUGGGACGGGCGGGCGAGGCGCGGGGCCCGGCCUCCCUCCACACUGUAUCCUCUGCCCCUCCUUCCCCAGAGGCUGGGCAUUUCCUUCCACAAGCUGCUGUGGGGACUUUUGUUCCCCUCCUCAGAAAAGUCUGUGCCAUCUUCUCCCACCCCCUCCUGGGUAGAAGGCGGGGCUGACCCCAGGGCUGGGAGAGGGGAGGGGACCGCAGGGCAGAUG